AUGGAAAUGUUAUUUAUCUUCAUUAUGGUAGCAGAUACGUGGGUGUGCAAAACAGCCAAACAUUGUGAGUUUUCCUGCGGGUGGUGGAGCCCGUUUCCAUCAGAACCGCCCAGAGGCCGGCGCCGCCUUCCAGGGGUGGCGGAACAGCAGGAAGCGUUUUCGGAUCCUGGAAAACGUGGGCGGCCCGUGGGAGGGGCUGAGGCGCAGUUCCCUACUCACCCGGAUCCGAAUCCACCGCGGUGCUGUUUCAAGAGAGCCCGAUUCCAGAUCGCGCUCCACCCCGGACUCGGAAUUCCUGUCCCGCGGGUCUGCAUUUUCACAGCGGCAGACCAGGGCGGGGUGACGGGUGAUCCCAGUCCUCGCGGUGAACUCCGGGCCGACUUGAAAACGCGCGCGGGCGCCCAGUGCAGCCCCCUCCUGAGUUACACAAGCAACAAGCGACCGCUCUGGGCCGUUUCUCUUUCUUUUCCGGACCCAGCAGUGGCGCCUAAAGUCUGCGAGGGGAAAAUCGCUUGUGUGCUGCCUCGAGGCCAACACACGUCACCGCGUCCGCCUGGGGCAGGUCAAGGAAGGGACGCGAGGCGGAGAUGUCAUGGGAUUCUGCGGCGGAGCCCGUUUCCAUCAGAACGGCCCAGAGGCGGGCGCUGCUUCCCUGGGGUGACGGAGCAGCUGGAAGCGUUUUCGGAUCCUGGAAUCCGUGGGCGGCCCGUGGGAGAGGCUGAGGCGCAUUUCCCUACUCACCUGGCUCUGAAUCCACCGCUGUGCUGUUUCAAGCGAGUCAGAUUCCAGAUUGCGCUCCAGCCUGGGCUCGGAAUUCCUGCCCCGCGGGUCUGCAUUUUCACAGCGGCAAGUGUGAGUGCUCCGCAGCUGGAGACCGGAAGCCUGAAGGCAGCUCCGCCCUCCCCAGCCCACAGCGCCGUUAUUCCGUUUCUAUAUCAGUAAACACUUGUCAUUUUCCGUAGACCAGGGCGGGGUGACGGGUGAUCCCAGUCCUCGCAGUGAAAUCCGGGCCGCAGACUUGAAAACGCACGCGGGCGCCCAGCGCAGCCGCAUCCUGAGUUACACACGCGACCGCGCCGGGCCGUUUCUCUUUCUUUUCCUGACCCAGAAGUGGCGCCUAAAGUCCGCGAGAAGAAAAUCUCCUGUGUGCUGGGAGAAAACCCACUAAGCCCCGUAGGGCUGGACCGUACAGCCAAGGACAAUGGAGCAGCAAAGAUGACCCAGCUGAGCAGUGACCACAUAAAGCGCAUGGUGGCCUGAGCACCCACUGGGCACAGCCCCAUCUACUCUCCUCUCCUGCAACAAAUCAGCAUAAGAAACACGUGGACUCUGGAAGGAUCUCAUGUCUUCGAUUUAUUUUGUCUCUCAAAUUUUAGGAAUCUUCUCCUUUAAUUAACCCAUCAACCUCUCAUGGCAAGAAUUUGAAAAGCAGCAACCACAGCUCCAGUGACUAAAACUCCAAGGAGAACCAGGCCAGCAACGAUGCCCAUGAUGGGGAUGGUGGGCUGAGAAGACUGCUCUGGGAAAAAAGGGGAAGAAGGCACCACCACAGCUGCCCACUUCUAGAAGAUUCCAUCCCCUGCAGGCCUGGUCUCUACAAGCUCCAUGUCCUGAGUCUGGUCCUCUCCAUCCCGCUGCCAGGUCAGUGUGAUCUCCGCAGGGUAGAAGCCCAGGGCCCUGCACCUCAGGGUGGCCUUAUAGUCAGAGAUGGAAUGGUGGGUCAUAUGUGUCUUGGGGCGGGGGUGUGUAACGGGAAGAGUCAGAAAAUUCAGGCACUUUGCAUCUCUCAUGAGACACUCCAGCAGCACACAUGUGGCCAUCUUGAGAAUGGACAGGACUCCUGGGGUGGGGAAGGGAUCACAGAACCCAGACACCAGCCUGGACACAGGCACCUGGGAUAAUCUCCUAUCCGUGGAAAAAUCUAGUCCCUGAGGAGGGAACAGCGACUUCUGGUCCUGACCUGAGCGGAGGCUGAGGGACUCAGAAGAGCUGGACUCAGACCCCCACGCACACUGAGUGUGAAGCAGAGAACAAGGCCUGAGAGGAAAAGUCACGGGCCCAAGGCUGCUGCCAGUGUCAAAGGGAACCACUCAUCAGUAUUCCAGGGAUUGUCUUCCCUUCAUUUCCUCAGAGAUUUCAUCCCUUAAUUGUAUCAGAGAGCAGGGCGGACCCUCAGGGUUACUCUCUUGUACAGGAUCUGGAAACCCAGGAGGAUUCCUCUCCCUCAGGACCAGAGGGAGGACGACAUUCUAGUGUUGGUCCCAUUUUCCUUCACUCCUUGUGGGAGGCCAGCCCAGGAGAUCUACAGGCGAUCAGGGAGGCGUCCUGUGGUCCCUGGUACCCGCGCGCUGCAGCGUCUCCUUCCCGUUCUCCAGGUGUCUGUGGGCCUCUCCACGCACGUGCCCUCCAGGUAGGCCCUGAUCUGCUCUGCAAAUUCUUUUGCCUCCCACUUGCGCUUGGUGAUCUGAGCCGCCAUGUCCGCCGCGGUCCAGGAGCGCAGGUCCUAGUUGCGGGCUACGUAAUCCUUGCCAUCGUAGGCGUGCUGUUCAUACCCGCAGAGGAGGCGCCCUUCCAGCCCCAAGUCGCAGCCCUGCAUUAUCUGGAGGUUGUUAGACCCUGGCCCCGCCCCCGCGGCCAGCCCCGCCCACCGAGCCCCGCCCCCGCCCCGACCAACCCGCGGGGAUUUUGGCCUAAACUGAAAAUGAAACCGGAUAAAGGCGCCUGGAGCUCUCCCUGGUCGAGGAUCUGGGCGGGUCCCGCAGCCUCGGGGUGGACCUCGGAGCCGGAGACUCGGGGGGUCCCAGGCCGUCCGUGGGGGACGAGGAGGGGUCGUGACCUUCGCCCCGGGCCGUGACCUUCGCCCCGGGCCGGGGUCACUCACCGGCCUAGCUCUGGUUGUAGUAGUGAGGCGGCAUCCGCAGGUUCACUCUGUCAGUCUGUGCGUGGGCCUUGAUGUCCCAUGUGCUCCGGUCCCAAUACUCCGGCCCCUCCUGCACCACCCACGGCGCCUGCGGCUCCAUCCUCGGACUCGCCGCGUCGCUGUCUAACCGCACGAACUGCGUGUCGUCCACUUAGCCCACUGCGAUGUACCGGGGCUCCCCGCGACCCGGCCGGGAAACGGCAGUGCUGAAAUACCUCAUGGAGUGGGAACCUGGGGGCGAGGAGGGGCUGAGACCAGCCCGACCCUCCUCCUUGCACGGCUCCCUGGUUCCUGCGCUCCCGUGCGCAGGCCCCUAGCUCCACCCCGCAGAGGCCAUUUCCCUCCGGAUCCCGCACUCACCCGCCCAGGUCUCGGUCAGGGCCGGGGCCCCCAAGAGCGGCAGGAGGAGGGUUCGGGACGCCACGACCCCAUCCUCGGCGUCUGGGGAGAAUCUGAGUCCCAGUGGGUUCGCGGCGACUUCUGGAACAGGGACCCCAGCGACGCUGAUUGGCUUCUCCAGAAACCCGACACCAAAUGGGAGUGAGAACUGAGUCCACAUCCUGAGUAUCCAGGAAGAAGGACCCUACAUAGGUUGGGAGAAGGAGAAGAGAAACUCUGUGGAGAUGGGGAAUCCCCAACCCUGGGCCUUCCCAAUCAAUACACCGCCUUUGGAGCCUGAGACCCUGAGAGCCACGCCUGGGGUCAUGGGACUUCGCCCUGACCCCGCUCCUCCUGUGCCAAACGCUCUGUCUCAAUGUCUCCCUGAGUCUUAGCCCAAGAGCUGUCUGAGAAACGAGAAAGAAACCCUCGUCAUGGGCCCCGUCCCUCUUCACUUUUCAUCCCGGAAUCCCCGUCCCAGAACUGGACUCCCUGCCUCCCACUCCUUACCUGUUCCCCUGAACUCUUCUAGAAGAAAACUCACCCCAGGGAGCUUGGUGCCAGAGAGGGAACUCACCCUGGGAAUGGAGGUGUAGAGACAGGUUUUUUUUUUUUUUCUUUAAAUCUGGAAAAGUUGUGCCUGAGUACAUGAGAUACAAUAGAGACAAGUUUGCUUUUUGUUUAUUAACUACAGUGGAUAGCAGAAUCUUGGCAACCCCUGAAUGAUCAGGAAUCUAAUCGGUAAAAAAUGUGACUUUGGCCCCUUGAUAUAUAAAUGUGUCUGAAAGCCUUACAACAGGACUCACAAAGCUACUAAGUUUCACUUUCGCGACAAUAUAUCUGUGACUCCCGCUUGUUGUAUUUUACAUUUACCUUCAUUCCACAGCUCUGAGUUACUGGGUGAGUCCAAGACAUCUCCUCAAUACAAAGUAGCAAACUGUGUUACUAUAUGUUGCAACCAGGAGAUAAUACAGACUUUAUUCACCUCA